CUGGAGACGUCGGCGAUUUAUCGCGACCGACCUCCGAACUUCACACUUCACAGCCAUGGAGGAAGCCGUUUCUCGAAUCCUCACAGAGCUCGAAGAAGCUCGCUGUUUCGACGGCUCUACAAAUCUCCAUUCUCAGCCUCCGCCGCCGCUCUCCGAGUCCGCUCUCUUCAACCUUCAAAGCUUGUUGGACAACUCAAUCGGUACCGAUGAACAACAACCAGUCGAUCGCCUCUACGAAGACCUCUCUGCCAAAUCCCUGUCUCCGUCCUCCCUCAUCCGCGCCAUCGCCUCCGCCAUGGAUGAGCCUUCCCCUCGCGUUUCGAUCUUAGCCUCUAAAGUCUAUUUGUCCCUUCUUCUGGCCCCAAAUGCACCAGUUUUCACGCUGUUCAAUCCGAUGGAUUUUCUUUCGUUUCUCAGGUCUAUGAGACGAUUCUUGAAGCAGCGACCACGGACUACGCCGAAUCAGGAGUCCAUUGCUCCCAAACGGAAGAGGAAAGGCGGUGUUAAGGGUAAGGGUUUGAGGAAUUGUGCGCAGAGGCAGAGUUUUAAUGGCGGACAUCAUGAUGGUGAAUUCGAUGCAAGAGUCUUGUAUCCUGUGCUUGAGAGGUUAGGGAUAUUAAUGAGUUUGAUUCAUUUGGAUCGAUUCCCUGAUAGUUUGAAAUCUUUGGUUGAAACUGUAAUUGAUAUUCCGGUUUUGGCACUAGAAGUAUGCAGUAAUUUAAGUAUCUAUAGUAAGUUAACCAAUUUAUGUUCGCGGAUUUUGAGUGCUACAUUGCGUCCUGAGCAUGGGGAUCUGGUGAGUAUUGCCGCUGAGGUGAUUAAAUCUCUAUCACCAUUGAUUCUUCAUCAUAAAGAUCAGGCGCGAGCGUUUGCGCUGGAGUUUGUCACUAUUCAAAUAGCGAAUGCAGCAAAGGAAUCAGAUGGUGUUAAAAGCGCUCUGGUGAAUCUUCCAAGGUAUUUGGUUCAGAAGGCACCUGAGAAAUCCGAGCCUCGUGCUUUAGCUGUUGAUUCAAUAAUGGAGGUUGUUAAAGUGAUGGAAUUCAAGGAUCAAAUUGGGUUUGUGGAUUAUGUAGUGAAGAUGACCCGAGGAAAGUCUAAUCUUAGGCUGUUAGCUAGUGAUCUUAUCUCAACGCUGAUAAUGUCCUUGAGUGAUCCAGUGGCCGUUGAUUCCGAAAGUGAACUGAAGGAUUCGUGGAGAUUUGGGUGCUUGGUGGCAUUGGUCCAACGAUGUUCAGAUGCUGGUGCUACAAUUCGUGCCCGGGCACUAUCCAACUUAGCUCACCUUGUGGUGUUCUUGUCUGACAAUGACAAGAAUAAGGCCUUACUGAAGGAAGUGUUGGGGUCUGGUGACAGACAUUGCAAAAAGAAUGGAAGUGAAAUUCAUGCUCGUUUGCGAAAAAGGUGUGUGGAUGAGAAGGCGGCAGUUAGGAAGGCUGCGUUAUUUCUGGUUACCAAGUGUACAGCCCUCCUUGGUGGAUCAAUGGAUGGAGAUAUGCUGAAGACCGUUGGAAUUGCUUGUUCCGACCCACUUGUUAGCAUACGGAAAGCUGCAAUGUUGGCUCUUUCUGAGGCCUUCCGAAGAUUCCCAGAUGAAAGUGUCACUGUCGAGUGGCUACAUUCUAUUCCACGUUUGAUUGCUGAUAAUGAAUCUAGCAUUCAAGAAGAGUGUGAAAACUUGUUUCAAGAACUAGUACUUGACCGGCUGUCUAGAGUUGGAUCUUCAAGUUUACCCCGUGAUGGAUCAAGAACACUUGAUUUAAAGAGGCAAUUUGAGUUGUUAAUUCCUGGAGUAUUGGAUCUUCUUAAAGAGAUAAGUCAUGCAGAGGUAAUGCCGUGGGUGAAGAAAGUUUGUGCUAACUUGGGAAAAAAGAAACGAUUAAAACCCUCAAUUGCCGUUUCACUUCAGAAGAUUAUAGGGACAUCUGAAUCCCUAUGGCUAAGGCAAUCCUUACCACCGGAGAAGUGGACAGCUCCCCCGGGUGCCUGGUUCCUGCUGUCGGAAGUGUCAGCUUAUCUUGUGAAAGAAGUGGACUGGGAGUUUCUUCAUCAUCACUGGAAAAUCCUGGAUGAUCAUGGUAGGACUGAGUUUGGGAGUCCAGUGGCUCAAGUAGGUUUAUUCGGAGAUGAAAACAACCCAGAGUCAAAUUCCAUCGCUUGGGCUCAAGAUCGAGUUUUUCUCUUGCAAACCAUCUCUAAUGUUUCUCUUGAGCUGCCUCCAGAACCUGCAGAAAAGUUGGCUCACGAAUUGAUUAAAAAGGUUGAAGAAUUCAGCAUGCAUUCUACCGAGGUGAAUGCGCAUGUAAAAACACUUAAAACAUUGUGCAAACGGCAGGCUAUGCAAUCUGCUGAAGCCGAUACGCUGAUCCUAACAUGGGUAAACCAGCUGCUCUCCAAAGCCUCUCAAAUAUUGGAGAAGUAUAUAUCCAAGCAUAGAAAAGCAAAAAAAGAUGUGAACUUCAUAACACCACCUCCUAAAAGUGGUAGUAGAUUGGGAAAGCGUGCAACUGCCCCGAGCAAGUCCCUGUCACGAGCAAUCACUGCCGCUUACACCAUUGGCUCUUUGAUUAUCAUCUGUCCAUCUGCUGACAUAACUACCAUCAUACCACUUCUCCACACCAUUAUCACUUCUGGAAACCGUGAUCCCAAAUCGAAUAAACUACCUAUUCAAACGGUAUCUAUAAAGGAAACUGCGCCUUCUUUAUACGUUCAAGCAUGGUUGACAAUGGGGAAGAUUUGCCUUGCUGACGAGAAGUGUGCAAAGAGCUACAUUCCUCUAUUUUUACAGGAGCUUGAAAAUAGUGACUGUGCAGCUCUCCGCAACAACCUUGUUAUCACGAUGGCAGAUUUUUGUGUACGCUAUACUGCUCUAGUUGAUUGCUACCUUACGAAGAUCACGAAAUGCCUUCGCGACCCUUGUGAACUUGUCAGAAGACACACAUUCAUACUUCUAUCGAGAUUACUACAGAGAGACUACGUGAAAUGGAGAGGGGUUUUGUUUCUUCGGUUUCUCUUCUCACUUGUCGACGAAUCAGAGAAGAUUCGUCAACUAGCAGAUUUCCUUUUCGGGAACAUUUUAAAAGUAAAGGCGCCACUUUUGGCUUACAACAGUUUUGUAGAAGCAAUUUAUGUUCUGAAUGACUGUCGUGCCCAUUCUGGACAUAACGAUUCGAAGGCUUCGAGAGCUGAAAGCCGAUUAUUCUCCAUUCGAGGUAAUGAUGAAAGUUCGAGGCGCAAGAGAAUGCACAUUUAUGUUUCUUUGUUAAAACAAAUGUCUCCCGAACAUCUCCUGGCCACCUUUGCAAAGCUAUGUUCAGAGAUUCUUGGUGAAGCUUCAGAUGGUAAACUCAGUAUGGAUGAUACCACUGCACGGUCUGUUUUACAGGACACCUUUGAUAUUCUUGCUUGUAAGGAGAUUCGAUUAUCAAUAAAUCGAGGGUCGUCGUCGGAAUCUGGUGAUGUAGAUGAGGAAGGAGGCGAGAGCGGAGGGGCGUCUGCUGCUAGAGGAAAGGUUAUCACUCAUGUUGUGAGAAAAAGUCUCAUUCAAAACUCCCUUCCCAUCUUCACUGAGCUAAAAAGGCUAAUGGAAAGCAAGAAUAGCCCUCUUAUAGGUUCUCUUAUGGAAUGUCUUCUAGUUCUUCUCAAAGACUACAAGAACGACAUCGAUGACAUGUUGGUAGCUGAUAAGCAACUUCAGAAAGAGCUUGUCUAUGACAUUCAAAAGUACGAAGCUACCAAAGCUAAGUCGGCCGCGGCCGCAGCGGUCAACGAGAUGCAAAAGUCAACUAAUUAUAUUUCUCCUGAGGCUCCUCCUCAUGUUAGAAACUCCAUUAGCAAGCUAACCUCCAAACUCCAAAAGGACUCAAGAGUUGCUUCAGCCAUUGCUGAUGUAGCCGCUGCAGCCACUGCUAAGUCUGUGCUUAGGGAAGUGAAUAGAGGGACUUCGACGCCGCCUCUUGGUUCUCUAAGUUUGCCUAAACUCAAGUCUCGUACUGGUGGAAACAAUGGCGCAAAUACCUCACGCUUGAAUGUGAUUGAAUCUGUGAGGAAACGGCAGUCUUUUGAUUCUGAUGAAGAAAACUAAUGUGCAUAGGCUAACCAGGUAACGUAGUUUGAUAUUUUGUGAAGCUUUCUAUGUUGUUGUAAUCUUGUUCUCUUUUGUUUAUGUAUUUAAUUUCUUCUUCCGUGUGAAAUAGAAGCUUAUUAGAAUGGUUAUACCUUAGAAGUAUGAGAGAAUGUGUUGAGAAUGGCUCGUGAAUGUGAGAAAUUUCGUGUGAUUAAGGUAAAUUUGUACUAAAUU